AUGUCUCCCCGACUUCCUCGCCUAUCCGCUCUGGCGACAGUCGUCCUUGCCAGUCUUGCAUCUGCAACCCCUCGGCUGGUCGCUCGGCAAGCCAAUGAGACCCUGGGCAGAGGUUGUGCUGCUCUCGUCCACGCCGGCCUCUCACCGCAACUGUAUUUCUCGGCCGAUAGCGAGUACGUCGAGACGCUUGAGUCGUACUACGACGGAGCCGUCCAGGAGGUGACCCCGCGGUGCGUGUUCAAGCCGGAGAACACGGCGCAGGUCGCGACCGCUCUGAGAGCCCUCAGCGCUGAGGAUGGCGGCUGUUGGACGGUGGCGAUUCGUAGUGGAGGGCACUCGCCUGUCCCGAAUAAUAAUGCCCAGAAUGGUGUGACGAUUGAUCUUGGCCGGCAUGAUUCGGUCACGUACAGGGAGGAUGAACAUGCCGAGAAGGGACACGGAGUCGCCUCUAUCGGCUCUGGUGCCAGAUGGGGCGAUGUCUACACCGAGCUUGAGAAAGAGGGCGUCAUGGUCACCGGGGGACGGGAAGGUCAUGUUGGUGUCGGAGGAUUUCUUCUCGGCGGCGGUUAG